UUCGCCUCAUUUUUCGCUUUUCUUCUAAAACCAUUUAUUAGCAAUAUUGCAAAAUCAUUCGACAGGAAACCAAAGCAAAGCACCUUUCACCACCACAAAACCAUUUGGUUUUGAAGAGUUUCAAAGUGUAAUUUUGAUGGUUGUUUUUGGGCUUGGUUAUAUCAAUGUUAACCAUUUCCAUGACAAGUAUAACAGAUAACUCCUCGAGGGUUUCUUCGAGGCUGUUAGGAUUCAUGACAAGGAGGAGAGUUUUUGAGACGACAGAGGAGCAAGAUGGCAACACCUUGCCGGUGAAAAGUCCGACAUUUUUACGUCGAAAAGGACGGUAUUGGCCGGAGCUUUUGAGGCCGGGGAGGUACUUCAGUAGGUGGAUGUUUUGGGGUAUGAUGGUGCUAGCCUUCGUGACUUUGCUUGCCAAGUUUGCUUUGAUGAACACUCUCCAAGACUUGAAUAAUGAUAGGGAGAAAUUCGUCACAAGUAUUGUGGUGGAGAAUUGGAAUAGGGCAAACAAAGUUGUCAAAGGAAGAGAUGAUGAUAAUGGUGACUUCAAGGAGAUUUCGUUGCCAGAGAAGUUUUCGGUUCCUGAUAUUUGGAUCAAGCCCACCGGUCAAUUCCACUAUAAAUGUAUUGAUAGAUCAAGUAAAGAAAUAAAAUCACCUUCAAAUGGUUAUAUUCUUGUCCAUUCUAAUGGCGGAUUGAAUCAGAUGAAAACUGGGAUAAGUGAUAUGGUUGCCAUAGCAAAAAUGAUGAAUGCCACUUUGGUUCUCCCAUCUUUAGAUCACCAAUCCUUUUGGACUGAUCCAAGUGAUUUUAAAGAUAUAUUUGACUGGAAACAUUUUGUUCAAUACCUGAAAGAGGACAUCUGGGUUGUUGAUCAUCUCCCACUUGCAUUUGCAUCAAUUAAACCUCAUCAACGAGCCCCGGUUUCUUACUCAAAACCUAGUUAUUACAGAGAUCAGAUGUCUUCUUUGUUAAAGAAGCACAAGGUGAUUAACUUCACCCACACCGAUAACCGGCUAGCUAACAACGGUCUUUCCAGUUCUAUUCAAAGACUCCGCUGCCGUGCAAUGUAUGAGGCACUUAAGUUCACAGGAGAGAUUGAAAAUCUUGCCAACAAGUUGGUUAAUAGGCUUAGGGAUGAUAACAUGCCUUAUGUUGCUCUUCAUUUAAGAUAUGAAAAGGACAUGCUUGCUUUUACGGGCUGCAGUCACAAUCUUACCAAAGGUGAAGAUGAGGAGCUAAAGCAGUUAAGACAUAGCGUCCGACACUGGAAGGAAAAAAAGAUUGAUGGUGAAGAAAGGCGACGCAGAGGGGUAUGUCCGAUGACACCAAGAGAGGUAGCUGUGUUCCUCGAGGCAAUGGGGCUUCCUUUUGAUACCAAAAUCUACAUAGUUGCAGGGAAGAUUUAUGGUCAGGAUAGUGUUAAACCACUCGAAGAGAAGUAUCCAAAUAUACUCACCCAUUCAAAUUUAGCAACAGAAGAGGAAUUGGUGCCUUUCAGUAAUCGCCAGAAUAAGCUUGCUGCAGUGGACUAUAUUGUAGCCCUUGAGAGUGAUGUUUUCGUUUUUACCUAUGAUGGAAACAUGGCAAAGGCAGUGCAGGGUCAUAGGAAGUAUGAAGGUUUCCGAAAAACUAUCAGACCUGACAAAAUAAACUUUGUGAAAUUGAUCGAUCGGAUGGACAGAGGUCUAAUAUCCUGGGACGAUUUUUCUGCCAAGGUUAAGCUUCUGCAUGCUAACAGAACAGGAGGAGCAGUUCCCAGAAGGCCUGGAAACUCUGCAAAAACAGAGGAAAGUUUCUAUGCAAAUCCAUACCCAGGUUGCAUUUGCCAAAAGUAAAGCCCUAAUACGGAUAGAGUUUAGAAUUAGAAGAUAGGAUUAAUCUUAAGUUGGAGAAAUGACAAGAAACCAUAGCCUAAGUCAUUAACAGAUUCAAAUUCUACAUAGAGAAAUUUUGUCUGUCAAACCUCAAGCUGGGUCGAGAAUUUUUAACUUCUCAUGCUUGAGCUAAUUGAAGCAAUGGAAGGCCUAAGCAUUUAGAGGUUAGAUCAGAAAAAAUAGCCAUACAAUACUAAAGUGGGGAAUACUAUUACUUGUUUGUUGCAAAGCAAGGGCUAGAGACAGGUUUGUCCUAACUAUUGUACAAAUGAAAAAUGUACUCACUUUAUUCCCACAGAUAGGAUUGUGCAUUUAACAUUUCAUCAUAAAUUCAUACAACUUCUAGUUCACCGAUCUUUGCCUACAAAAAAAUUGAUGUAUGCUUCAGCUGAACACAAAAAAUUCAACCAUUUUCUUUGUAAAGGAAACACAAUCACAGUCAGAGAAACUUACAUCACUUUG